AUGGCUUUCUUCAAGUCGCUGAUAUUAUUUGUUUGUCUAUUUCAUUUGUAUAAAACAUGUCCAUUAAAAACGGUUAAUAUUCAAACAGGUUGUUAUUGUGGAAUAGAAAUUGAUGGUACAAAUUAUAUUCAUUGUCAUCCAUAUUCUAUUUCUCAAAUACCAUCAUUUUCUCGUUCAUAUAUUUAUGAUAAAUUAAAUAUAUCAUCAAAUUAUAUUCAAAUUAUUACCAAUCGUUCUUUUAUUAAUCUACGAGUACGAAAAAUAUAUUUAGAAAAUAAUUUAAUUCGUACAAUUGAUAGUCAUACAUUUGAAACAAUUGGAAAUUAUUUAGAAGAAUUAACAAUUCAUACUAUAAAUAAUAAUCAAGAUUUAACUUUUUUAUGUUAUGGUACAUGGAAAAAAUUACGUUAUCUAGAAUUAAUUGGUUUUAAUAUUUCAAUAACAACAAAAAUGUUACAGUGUUUUCAAAAUUUAAAACGUCUAGAAAAAUUAGUUAUUAAAAAUUCAAUUGUAUUAGAAUUAUCUCACUAUUUUUAUACAUUACCAAUGUUAAAUGAUUUAAUUCUAACAGAUAAUCAACUUGAAUAUUUAAAAAUAGUUGAUAAUAGUCAUCAAAUAUCAAAUAUAAAAAUAUUAAAUUUAACUAAAAAUUUACUCUCAAAUAUAAGUGAAAUAUCAAAAAUUUUAAUUAAAUUUCCUAAAUUACAUACACUCGAUUUAUCUUAUAAUAAAUUUUAUCAACUUUCUCAAUCAUUACCAAUAAAAAAUAUUAAUUUUAGUCAUAAUUAUAUUCGUCAUUUAACAUUAGAUAAUACUAUAUUAUUGGACAAUGUCAACUAUGAUUUAUCAUCAAAUCAAUUAUGUACACUGAGUUAUAGUAAUAAAAGUAUUUAUCAGCAACAAAAUCAUCGUCAUAUUAAUUUGUCAAAUAAUCGAAUACAUUGUGAUUGUAGACUAGCUUAUUUUUUUUUCAACAAUGAUCAACAAUUAUUAUUAUCAUUAAAAAAAUCACCACCAAAUCUAUUUGAAUAUGCAACAUGUACAACACCAAAUAAUGUAGAGGGAAAAUUAUUAAGCAAUUUAACAUAUGAACAAUUAUUAUCUCAUUGUUCAUCAUCAUUACCCGAUGAUUGUCAAGACGUGUACGAUUUUAAUAAGAUUAAAAUGUUUGUCAAACAUCAUACUCAACAUUCAAAUAAUAAAAUUAAUAAUGAGAAUAUUCUUAUUUCAAGUAAAAUAUUUCAACGAUAUUCAAAACCAUUUAACAGCAGCAGAAAGACCAAUGUCAAUUCUCCUUCGUCAUUGUCAUCUUCUCUAUAUAAAAGUUCGUUGCAGUUAACAUCAUUUUACACUAUCUAUGAAAAUAAUAAUUUGAUUGUAUUGUGGGAUUAUAAUGAUGAUAGCAUUAUCCAUGAUAUUACACAAUUUCAAAUUAUUCUUGAACAAGAAAUUAUUGCUGAUCAUACAAUGAAUCCAAAUGUAAUUGUACGGCGAAGUGGUUCUCUAUCAUCGAAUAUAAAAAAAUACAUUAUUCGACAUGUACAACCAAAUAUGAAAUAUUUUGUUUGUAUAUCUAUCACACGUUUUGGACAUGGUACAGAUAAAUAUUGUCGUGAUAUUCUAACUACAGUAUCGUCUUUAACAACGGACUAUCGUCUUCUUCAAUCCGUUUCUACUUCAUCAACAAAAAUAGUCAAUUCUCUUCUAUGGAAUUUAUUAUCAAAUAAAUCGGUUUUAUUCGGUUUUUUCGUUGGUACUACAAUUACCAGUAGUCUUUUACUAAUAUUAACAUUAACAUGUCAUAAAAUACGUAAAUAUCGACAAGAAAAAUCAACAACAGCUAAUUUAUUUGAACAACAUUACAUGUAUGCUGAUGGAAAUUAUUCAAAUUCAAUAUGUGAACAUCAUGAUGAACAAAAAUUAUAUGACUAUUUAAAAUAUCAAUCAAAAACAUCUCGAAAACGUCAGUCAUCAUGUUUAUCAUUGUGUUUUCGAAAAAAGCUUAUUAAUCAUCGACAACUAUCAACAACAUCGUUUCCCACCACAUCAGAUAAUGCGAACUAUACGACUUGUCGUGGUGGUGGUGAUGAUAAUACGUCAGCUAGUACACUAUCGGAAAGUGAACAGUUGAGUAAACAUGUCUAUCAAGAAAUUGGAAAUGAUUUAAUUGAAGGACACAAAAAUUUUCAAAUUGUUCGACACUAUUUUGAUCCGAAACAUGAACAAACAGCACUUCGUCGACCAAUACACAUUACUAUAUUUCCCAAUGAGAAUAGUAUUACAUCUAAAACUAAUUUAUUACUUUAA